UGCUACUACAGCACAAACGCUUUAAAUUCCAGCUCUUCUGCCGCUUGGAUUUAUCCACAUCGUCGUCCUUAAAAGUAGAUUUUAAGGCUGCAGCGCUGAUUCAUUAGCUGGGAUCCUUAAAGGAAUGCAGAUAGGUAGAAAACAUUUUAAAAAGCCAAUUACCAGAGGACCCCCACCAUCCUUCAAGCCUUUCUGUUAAGCAGUCAGUUUGCAAUACGGAUGUCUCUAGACGAAUAUUAAUCAUGCCACUGGAAUGGAGAGAUUGAGCAAUCAAGAGCUUGAGAACUUAGCUUCUUCAACCCAUGAUCAGGACAAAGGCAGUGUGAAACAGGGCAGUCACAGCAUUAACAUGUUUCCUUUGUGCAGAAAUCAUGCAGGGGGUAAACGAAGUCAAGGCUACUACACUACACAAGAACAGUUUGGAAACAGUACUAACAACUUGAGCAACAGUCCACAAGUCCAAGCACCAGAGAAAGUGACUCUUGUGGUAGAUGGAACAAGAUUCAUUGUAAAUCCACAAAUUUUCACAGCCCAUCCUGAUACAAUGCUGGGAAGAAUGUUUGGACCAGGACGAGAAUAUAACUUUACUCGUCCAAAUGAGAAGGGUGAAUAUGAAAUUGCAGAAGGCAUCAGUUCUGCUGUUUUCCGGAUUGUGCUGGAUUAUUACAAAACUGGAAUCAUUCAUUGUCCUGAUGGAAUUUCUAUUCCUGAUCUCAGAGACACUUGUGACUAUCUUUGCAUCAAUUUUGAUUUCAACACAAUCAGGUGUCAGGAUUUAAGUGCAUUAUUGCAUGAACUGUCCAAUGAUGGGGCUCACAGGCAGUUUGAUAGCUAUCUGGAAGAGCUAAUCCUGCCAAUAAUGGUUGGGAGUGCUAAGAAAGGAGAGCGUGAAUGUCAUAUUGUCGUAUUAACAGAUGAAGACAUAGUGGACUGGGAUGAAGACUAUCCACCCCCAAUGGGGGAAGAAUAUUCACAAAUUCUACAUAGUUCUAAGCUCUACAGAUUCUUCAAGUACAUUGAGAAUCGGGAUGUUGCAAAAACAGUUUUGAAAGAACGUGGCCUCAAAAAUAUAAGAAUUGGCAUUGAAGGUUAUCCCACUUGUAAAGAAAAAGUGAAAAAGAGGCCUGGAGGACGCUCUGAAGUUAUCUAUAACUAUGUUCAACGCCCAUUCAUCCAGAUGUCUUGGGAAAAGGAAGAAGGGAAAAGUCGGCAUGUUGAUUUCCAGUGUGUCAGAAGCAAAUCUCUAACGAACCUUGUGAUGGUGGGUGAAGACAUAGCAGAAGAUCAAGAGAUUAUGCUGCAUCACCCUCCUCAGGUAGAUGAGCUUGAUCGAUUAAAUGCACCAUACUCUCAGAUGGAUGCUAAUGAUCUGCCAGAUUAAUUAAGCAGCACAAAUGGCUCUCAAAUGGACUUGGUUGAGCUUUUGGGUGGGGACUAAAUGCCCAGCUCACAACAGGAUUUUCUUGUCAUAGUUGCUAUAUUCUCUAAAUAUAGCCUCUUCAAGCCCAGAGGACUAAUUUUAUCAAAUUUGCUUCUGAGGGCUCCCAAGCAUUCUCUUAGGAAACCGGGAACCUGAGAAUUGAGUUAACAUUUAUUCCUCUGGCCAGAUAAUUGAAUUGGAAGUAAAACAAUGGAAAAAUAUUUUCAACUGACUUGAAUUGAAAGGAUUGAUUGAGUGAUUAUGUGCUAUUGUGUCAUUUUCGACUCCCAACAACCACAUAGAUAGAUUUUCUCCAUGACAAUCUAUCCGUAACUUGUUCUUUUAAGUCUCCCAACUGUGCACUUAUUGCCACUGUAACUGAGUCCUUGCUGCUGGUCGUCCUCUUCUUCUCUUUCCUUCCACCUUUCCCGGCAUUGGA